GUGUGUGACAGUCACGUGGGUUUGGAUGGGGAUUGCCGCUGGCAUGGCGCUAAUUUCUCACACUUCAAACGUGGCCGGGACUGGCAAUGAAUUUCCGGGACUCCAACCUCCUGCGGAUGCUUUCCUUUCCUUUCGUUUUGUUUAGCUUGGCUCUCUGCUUUGCUUUCCCAGCGACUGUUUUCCUAUUCUGAUUUCCCGGUGGCGCCCCUUCACCUGCCCCAAGUGUUGUUAUUUGGUUAGCUAAGCUAAGCUCUGUCCUCGUUCUCGUGUGCCAUAAAUUAAAUAGAUUGACGGUGACCCAGGGAAUGGGCCUUUCCCUCAUGAGCCGCUUUCACUUCUUUAUGAUUAGUUAAUGGGAUUCAAUUUCAUUUGAAAUUGGCCACCACAGAACGUGGCAAUCGCAGCUGCCGCAGCCUCCUUUCGCUGAUUACAUAAGGCACGUUCUCGGGGAAACACUUGUUGGGUUUUUCCCUCCCCCCCGCUCAACCAGACACGUAGUCGUAUCCUUCGAGCAGAAAAGGAGUAGGCGGGAAAGGGAAAAGGAAAUGGAAAAGCCGGGGGAAAGCGAAUCACAGUUGCGCCAUUAGGAGCUCGGCGAAAUAAAUUCAAUAUAAGCGAGGCCUAAUGGCAGUAGUUGAGUUUCCAUUUACAUUCAGCCUCCAUAAAUUGGCAUGGCUGCGAAAAUCGUUACCCACUUAAGAGGGCCCACAUUUAGCAGGCGCAGCAUCCGGUUUGUAAAUGCAGCAUUUCACCCUCGAGUAGCAAGAUGAAAAAGAAGUGUACGAGUGUGCAUUCUAAAAAUAACAAAAAACUCGAGUGAGAUAAAAACAGCAACUGCUGCGACUACUGAGGUAUAAAGGUACAAAGUGCUAGCGCAAACACAGUCGGCGAAGGAGCGUAAACAAACAUCGGAGCAAACUAAAACGGCGAACAAACAGCGGUGAAGGUUGUCCUGCUGAAACCGUUCUGUGUAGUGUGUGUGUGAGUGUUUUUGGCCAGCAGAGCGCCGGAAGAGCCAGAAAAGUAAGCGCUAAAAAUGUGCAAGUAAUGUGCAGCAAGUAAAGUGCAAUGCCAUCCAUUAAAUCCGCCGAAAGUGAGAUUCUUCUUGGGAUUAUUAGGAGCGACAGCAUGACGAACGGCAAUUCCUUGAGGUCCUGCCUCCUGCUGGCCACCAUCCUGGGAUUACUCUGCCGGACCGAGGCUUUGCCCUUUGAGUAUGUAGAUGAGCACGAGGACUUCAACUACGACCUGGACACGGCCCAAUCCCAGGCGAAGUACGACGCCCGUCUGCUCUCGCAGCAGAUGCUCAGCGAUGCGGAGUUGCAGCGGCAGGCGGGGAGCGGGGCGCAGGACAACGCCUUGGAUGCCGACUCGCCGAGGGCUCAAGGGAUUGGAGCGGGCUCUGGCCUGGAUGCCGGCUCCUCGGCCCAGGAGAACCUGGAGCCGCACAGCAGAGCAGCCGCGUGCUUCACCAACGGCCACAAGUACACACACGGACAGAAGGUUCCCCGCCUGGAUGCCUGCGAGGUGUGUCUCUGCAUGGACGGCGAGAUCUUCUGCUGGUGGGAGAAGUGCGAUAAGGCCAAUGUAAACAGGGCUUCAGGAGGGGCGACGGAGUCGGGGGGACUUGGACUUGGUGUUGGCGAAGGCGACGGCAACAACGAAAGUAACGACGACGACGACGAUGGCGAUGGUGACUAUUCAGAUCCAUAUCGCCACGAGAGCACAACGGGAAAGUCAACAAAAGUGCAUAAAGCUGCUAGGAAAGUUGGCAAGCGGCAUAAGCAUCGCAGGAAUCAAAAGAAUUUUAAUGACUACGAAGUUUACCACAGCCAGAGGCAGAAGCAGAAGCAUGAGCAGAAGCAGCAGCAGAAGCAGCCGGAUUAUAAAAAGUCCGCCAUAAAGCAACAGCUCCAGCUACAGAAGCAGCAGAAACACAAGAGCGACGUUGGUGGCAACUACAAUAUAAUCAAGCAACACAAACACGAGCAGCAGCAGCAAGAGCAGCAGAAUGUGGCAGCUUUGGCUGUUAAUCAGGCAGCAAAGGCAACGCAUUAUCAGCAGCCAGCCUCCACCACGCCCCCUCCCCCUCAUGCCCCGCCGCACAACUAUAACUAUCAUCAUCCGCACCAGCAGGCGCCGCAUUCGUCCAGCAAAAUCUUGAAUUUCCCCGAAAACCUUCCAGCCCUGCUGUACUACGACUACAAGACCGAGGAGCACGAGCACCAUCAGCACCAGCACCACCAGCAGCACUUGCUGCACGAAAAACAACGCUUGCUGCAACAUCAGCAAGAGCAGCAGCAGCAGGAGGCGUUGGCGCGACAAAAGGCAGCUGAAUCGGAGGCUGGGGCAGCUGCAGAUGCAGCCGUUGAACCCGCCGUUGAUAAAAACUUUGAUGAGGCGGAAACCGACAGCGAUAUUUUGCCAGAGCCCCCAACAAAGCAGCCCCCCACACAAUGGCCAACUAGCAGCAGCGGCAGCAGCAGCAGCACGGCCAAGGCGUUGAUGACAACCCGGGCAGUUGCCACUGUGGCAGCCACAUCCACAAUCGCAUCCACGUCUGCGAGCAGGACAACGACAACGACAACGAGAACGACAACGACAACGGCGACAGGAACAAAUGAAAUGGUGACAAGCACGCUGUCUGGAAUGGAAAAGUCCGGGGCCACAGUUGCAGCUACAAAUCUGCAACGUGAUCGCAGUGGACCCAAGACGGAGCCGGAGACCGAUGACGCCUUCCACCGAUGGCUGACAUCCACCGAACUGAAUGCUGACAACACAAACUCACUCGACGAUAACCUGGAGCAGGAAACGCCGGCAUCGACAAUAAUCGAUGAUGUUGGCACGACGAACAAGAGUGACAGGAGCAGUGGUCCCGGCAAAGACAAUGGCAACGAUGCCGUCUUCUUUCGCAGCUCGUACAACGAUUACAGCAGUGAAUUCAAUGGGAGCGUUGUCAAUAUUGACAUUACACUAACUGCAGUUGAUGUGCAUCCCCAUCGCCAAACGGAUUUAAUUGCAAAUGGCAACAGAACGUCAGGCGUUAACGACAAUGGCAACAGCAACAGCAAAAGCAACAGCAACUAUGCAGCAGCAGGGACAACAAUGGACCCACAGGCAGCCAGUAGAAGCAUCGGCAGCAUCGGGAGCAGCGGCAGCAAUCAGGAUCAACCUCAGCAGAGCCCUGUUGUUCCGCCGUACACCCUGACAACGAUUAUAACAACAACGCCGCUGGCACCAGGGCGUAUGUGCAAUGUUUUGGGCAAACUGUAUAAAAUUGGCGACAUUCUGCCACAGGAUACGGGCAACUGUCUGCAAUGCAUUUGCACGGAUGCCGUGACACCCGACGAGAUGCCGAGCGUCACCUGCAGUCCGCACAAUUGCCCACCGCUGGUUCUGCCGGAUCUAUUCGAUGCGACUGGAUACUGAGGUUACGGGUUCGAGCUGUAAGUUGCUGGAAGCCAGGGG